AGCGCUAGUCCCACCGCGGCGACUGGACGGGUCCCGACGCGCGGACGCACUGACGGCCCCGGACACAGGGCCGAUGGACACCUUCAGCACCAAGAGCCUGGCCCUCCAGGCCCAGAAGAAGCUGCUGAGCAAGAUGCCGUCCAAGGCGGUGGCGGCCGUGCUGGUGGACGACACGAGCGGCGAGGUGCUGGACGAGCUGUACCGCGCCAUCCGGGAGUUCACGCGCAGCCGCAAGGAGGCCCAGAAGGUGCUGAAGAACUUGGUCAAGGUGGCCGUGAAGCUGGGCCUGCUGCUGCGCGGGGGACAGCUGGGCGCCGAGGAGCUGGCGCUGCUGCAGCGCUUCCGCCACCGCGCGCGCCGCCUGGCCAUGACAGCCGUCAGCUUCCACCAGGUGGACUUCACCUUCGACCGGCGCGUGCUGGCCGCCGGCCUGCUCGAGUGCCGGGACCUGCUGCACCAGGCCGUGGGCCCGCACCUCACGGCCAAGUCCCACGGCCGCAUCAGCCACGUCUUCGGCCACCUGGCGGACUGCGACUUCCUGGCCGCGCUCUACGGGCCCGCGGAGCCCUACCGCUCCCACCUGCGCCGCAUCUGCGAGGGCCUGGGCAGGAUGUUGGACGAGGGCAGCCUGUGACCCCGGCCGCCUGCCUGCGGGGGGUGGGGGGUGGGCUCUUGAAAAAUCUCUUCUCCCAACUGGACUCUGGCCAGGCGACCCGUCCCCCUGGAGAGGACGCCGGACCAUCUGUAGUAGCCGUUACAAAGAGCACCGUCGCCUCUCCCGACCCUGGUCUGAUGGGGGAAAAUUCAGUCCACCGCCUCGCUCCUGUCUGCGUCCCGUGAGCCACGCUGGCCCCGCGUCACUUGAUGUCAGCCAAAGGCCAGCGCGUCCCACCUAACGAUGUUGCCUGGGCUUUGUUCUCCUUCAGACAAGGUCAUGGUGAGCUGGGAGAAAGGGGUGAACUGUGGCCCCCACAAAACCUACCCGAUCACAUCCUAACCCCUAAAACCUUCUUUGGAGAAAGGGUCACUGCAGGUGUGAUUAGCUCGGCUGAUGUCAUUGUGGACUAGGGCGGGCCCUAAGCCCAUGGCUGGGGUCCUUAGAAAAGGGACAUCUGGACGCAGACGCACACGCAGGGAGAGUGGCGGCGAUGACAGAGCAGAGAUCGGGGCGACGCUUCCACAAGCCAAAGAACGUCAGGGAUGCGGCCACCAGCAGACGCCGGGGAGGGGCCUGGGACGGAACCAGCCCUGCCCACACCUUGGGCUUGGACUUCCGGCCUCCACAACCGAGUGAGAAUAAAUACUUGUUCGAGCCCCCGAGUCCGUGGGACUGUCCCAGCAGCCCCAGUCAGAGAAGAUUCUGGUGGAUGCUGGUGAGUUUGGCCAGAAACACGCAGUCCAGACUCGGGAAGGGUGACUGGGUCAAACCCAGCGACUCCCACGUGGAAGGGGACGGAGCGUGCCCCCCGCUCAGCGGUGAGGGCAAAACCAUCGGAGAUGCACACACACUUCCUCUUCUAGAAGCCAUCAGCCUUUGGAAACGUGUCCAUUUGAAAACGAUGAUCUCGUUUGGAAAACCAACGACCGACCAACCACGUCGUUCUCAUAAGCAAAGCUCGACCAGUCUUGGACUUGGAGAUUCGCAGGAGAUUCGGGGGUUCUCCACUCUGGGGUGUGGGCGUGUGUGGGGUGGGGGAGGCUACCUGUGAUUUUUAUUUGUCAGGAGGGGGCACGGGUUCUGGAAGGUCUCGAAAUGCGGCCGCAGGCAGGAGGGUUAUGGGGGCACCUGCCGGGGAGGGGGACGCAGUUCCACGACUGUUUUGUGGACCCAGGUCUGUUGAGGGCAGCGGUUCUGCCGGGAGCCCUGCGGGGCCGUUUUGGUCGAGGAGGGAGGUUCGCUCGGCCCCAUCCAGGAUUUGAGACAUUUGGAAUUAGCUGCCGGCAUUUUAAAAAACGAGGAAAUCGCACGUACCAGCCUGGAAUUGGAGUUUCUCUUGAAAACUUGCCGGCUCCAAAGCCCUUGUUCACCCGAGAGCCAGCGGCUCCUGCCUCAGCCCCGCCCUUCUAAAGCAACUUUCUCCUCCGAUCUCGGGCAAUGUUCGAGAAUGAACCGCAUUCCCAUUUUCCUGAGGAGAUCCCGGGCUCCUGGCCGUGCCGCCUGAAUAGAUCCAAGUGCGUAAUCUGCCUGCUCCCGGCUGGCCCAUGCGUCCUGUCUGGACUCUUUCAUAAGCUUGAGGUUUAAUUAAACAAACCAAAGAGCAGCACCGAGCUAUUCAAAUAAACUCGCACACCUUCCAUCUGUGUGGUGUGGGGCCGGUGGCUAAACCGCCUGGUGCUGUCUGACAGCCUUUCCUGGGUGUGCCCGGGGCUCUGGCCUUUUAAAUCGAGGGUGCGAGUCAGCGUCACGCAUCCGUGGCCCCUGUUGACAAGUUCAAUUUCCGCCCCGCCGGGUGCUGGGAUGGUAGGAAAGGAGGCUGCAGAGCGUGGCUCCUGCACACCCAGAAGAGGGAUGGCUGCAGCCUCGUCACGGCCAAAGGUUGCAGGCCAGGGUGGCUUUGUCUGAGUUUCCCUGAAAGCUACAUUAGGAUGCGCGUGUA